AAGUGCAGGAGCCCGCCUCUGUCACUGGAAGACAGUCCACUUAAAUGCAGCUCCAGUGUUGUGAGGCACCCACCAGCAUCACUCCCCGUGAGAGGUGGCAAAUGCAACAUGCUCUCCAGCUUGGGGUGUUUACUUCUCUGUGGAAGUAUUGCACUUGCCCUGGGAAAUGCACAGAAAUUGCCAAAAGGUAAAAAGUCAAGCCUGAAAGUCCAUAUCAAUACCACCAGUGACUCCAUCCUCCUGAAGUUCCUGCGUCCAAAUCCAAAUGUAAAGCUUGAAGGUUUUCUCCUGGGCUAUGGCAGCAAUGUAUCCCCAAAUCAGUACUUCCCUCUUCCCACAGAAGGAAAAUACACCGAAGCUGUUGUUGAUGCAGAGCCAAAGUACCUGAUAGUUGUGCGUCCUGUUCCCCCUCCGAGUCAAAAGAAGUCAUGUUCAGGUAAAACUCGUUCUCGUAAACCUCUACAGUUGGUGGUUGGCACUUUGACACCAAGCUCAGUCUUCCUGUCCUGGGGUUUCCUCAUCAAUCCACACCAUGACUGGACCUUGCCAAGCCACUGUCCCAAUGACAGAUUUUACACAAUUCGCUAUAGAGAAAAGGAUAAAGAGAAGAAAUGGAUUUUUCAACUCUGUCCAGCCACUGAAACAAUUGUGGACAAUCUAAAGCCCAACACAGUUUAUGAAUUUGGAGUAAAAGACAAUGUAGAAGGUAGUAUUUGGAGUAAGAUUUUCAAUCACAAGACUAUUGUUGGAAGUAAAAACAAAGUAAAUGGGAAAAUCCAAAGUACAUAUGACCAAGUCCAUACAGUGCCAGCAUAUGUCCCAAGGAAGUUAAUUCCAAUAACAAUCAUCAAGCAAGUGAUUCAAAAUGUUACUCAUAAAGCUUCAACUAAAUCACCAGAUAAGACUCCCUUUGGUGGGACAAUACUGGUCCACCUUAUUAUUCCAGGUCUUAAUGAUACCACAGUAAAACUUCCUUCAUCUAUAAUGCUUGAAAUUUCAGAUGCGCUUAAGGCACAGUUAGCUAAAAAUGAAACCUUGGCCUUACCUGCUGAAUCUAAAACACCAGAGGUUGAAAAAACCACAUCUCAGCGCAUAACAGUGACUCCUGAAACAGUUCCAAGAACCACUAAACCUACUGUGUCUAGUACAUUAGACAUUUCUGAAACAACACUGGUUAUCAGUCAAAGGACCCCAGAAUCAUUGCAAACUAUUCUGUUACCUAAGUUCGAAUUGCCACAGAGCACUCUCGCUCCAAAAAGGCUUCCUGAAUUUCCUGAAGCAAAAACAGCCUUCCCUUUUGAGAAACCUGGGGUUAGCUAUGUAACAAGUGAAAAGUCAUGGAUGGCACCUACAUCUAAAACAUCGGGAGAUUCCAAAGUUGUGAAGCCUCAAACUGCAGCUUAUGAUGUUUUCUCAAGCCCUUCAACUUCAGCUGAGCCUGAUGUAUCAGAUCCUCACACAGCAACAAGUGAUCCUAUUCUGGAUUCUAUCCCACCUAAAACUUCUAGAACUCUUGAACAGCCAAGGGCAACACUGGCUCCAAGCGAAGCACCAUUUAUUCCUCAAAAAGUGGAAACUUUUACCAGUCCUGCAAUGAAAUCCACAACACAUGCUCCCCAGCAAACUCCAUCUACCCCUUCCUCACCCAAACGGCGCCCCAGACCCAAAACUCCAAGAACCAAACCUGCCCCAGAACCUCAGACUUUAUCACCACCACUGUCAACAAAAGCUCCACGAAAGACCAAACGACCAGGUCGUCGCCCCCGUCCUAAAACAACACGUAGCCCAGAAGUUCCCAAGUCUUUACCUGCCGUGGAGCCAGUCCCAGUGUCCCUGGAGCCCCUGGUACCCAGACUCGAGUCAAAACCGCCAAUGCAAUUACUUCCUAAGCCCCAAAUCACAGCAAAUCCAGAUAUGCCACCAACAAAAUCCGUGUUUGAGACUGAGGCGCCAUCCAUAACCAUAGUUCCUACCACAGAUAUGGAACAUAUAAUUCUGAAAACUGAGGCUCCAGUGACAACUUUAGCUCAAAAAAUAACAAAACAAACAAGAACUCGUCGUCCGCGGCUCAAGCAUAAAAGCACAGUAAGCCCAAAGGUACAUCAGACUAAACCAGAUUUUGGACCAGUUACUCCUGGACCUUCUUUAGCUACAACACAAAAAGCCCAUCAUCCACAUCCCAAACCUAAAACCACGCCCCAUCCAGAAGCACUUCAGAUGACACCGGUUCCCGCUACAGUCACUGAACCAGUUACUCUUAGAACUGAGGAUCCAGGAUCAACACUAGUUCCUACUGAAGUCUUUGAACAAGUUACUCCUGUAAAAGAGGCUCCUGAAACAGCAGUUGCCUCUGAACCUGUUACAGAGCGUGCACCUGCUAUUUUCAGAACUGAGUCUUCUGGGAUAAUAUUAGCUACCAAAAUAUCAAAAAGACCCCGUCGUCCACGACCCCGACCUAAAACCACACCAAGACCUCAAGCACCUCAGACCAAGCCGGUUCCUGCAAUAGUUAUUGAACCUGUCACUCUCAAACCAGAGGCUGCAGGAACAACCCUAGCUCCCAAACCAUCACAGAGAACACGUCGUCCACGUCCCAGACCAAAACCUAUACCAAGUCUUGAAGCACCUGAGUCUAAACCAGUUCCUACUCCAGGGCUUGAACCUGUGACACUCAGAACAGAGACUUGGGUGACAACACAAGCUCCUAAAACAUCUAAACGGACCCGUCGUCCACGUCCCAAACGUAAAACCACACCAAGUCCUAAAGCUUCUCAAAUCACACCAAGUAAAUUUCCUGCUACAGAUCUUGAACCUGGUAUUCUUAGAACUGGAGCUCCUGACACCAUGGUUCUUACAACAGUCCUUGAACCUGUCACUCUUAUAACCAAGGCUCCAGACACAACAUUAGCUCCUAAAAUACUACGAACACGUCGUCCACGUCCCAGACCUAAGACCACAUCCAGUCCUGAAGCAUCUCAGACAAAAUUGGUGCCUAUUCCAGACUUUGCACCUGAUAUUCGUAGUACUGGGUCUCCAGAAACAACAUUAGCACCAGCUGAAAUUGAUUAUAUAAAUCCCACUACCAAAAUACCUCUCAGACCAGAUGAACCAAAGACUGAAGUUGUGGAAUCUGUUCCAUAUGUGUCUGAACCUCCCGAGAUCACACUAGAAAUGUCUCCCAUGCCUUCCCAAACUAUAGUCCUAACCAGCCCAGAUGAGCCUCAGACUGAACCUGCUCUCAGGCAGACACCCCGUACUCCUCCCAAGACAAAAACUUCACAACAUCCAAGAAUCCCACAAACACAACCAGUGCCUAAGGGGACCUUGCAUGCUACUUCAAAACCCAAAGUAUCACCAAGUCCAGAAGUGUCAUAUACUACAUAUGGUCCAGAAGAUGUGCCCUUUCCCCAUUUACCAGAUCCUGACAUCUCUCAGAGUGAACCUGUUCUGCAGCCAGUUACAUUUAAAAUUGAGCCACCAAAGACAACAAUAGCUCCUUUAGAGACACGAGGCAUCCCUUUCAUACCUAUAAUUUCACCAAGACUUAGUCAGGAGGAACUACUACCUACACCUGAAGAAACAGAUCAAACCACACAAAAGCUCUUCACAACUAAGAGUCCACGAACAACUGAAUUGGCAAAGACAACACAUGCACCACACAGACUGUAUACUACUCCUGUGAGGCCCAGAAUGCCUGACAAACUGUACGUUAGACCUGUCCUGAAUAGGACAACUACAAAACCUAUUAGACCCAAACCCAGUGGGAUACCCAGCAGGAAUGGAGUGGAAACAGGGGCCAAGCAAGGACCCAAGCCAUCUGGCAUUGGCAGAAAUGUGUCAGUGGACUCUGUCCAAUCCACAAAAAGACCAGCUACAAUCCCAGGGACUCGCCGCCCACCUCUGCCACCUAGACCUGUACACCCACGAAGAAAACCUUUACCACCAAACAAUGUUACUGGCAAGCCAGGAAGUUCAGGAAUCAUUUCAUCACACCGUGUUACUUCCCCGCCCCAGAGGGCAACACUCAAACCUAUGCUAACCACCUCAGAGAUACCAGGAGCAGAUAAAAAGCAACCAACAGCUCCUGCAUCUGGAGAAGAACUUGGCAAUACAACUGACUUUAGCUCAAGCCCAACAAGAGAAACUGAUCAUCUUGGGAAGCCCAGAUUCAAAGGUCCUCAUGUACGAUACAUCCCAAAGCCUGACAACAAGCCAUGCUCCAUCACCGACUCCAUCAAACGCUUCCCUACCGAGGAAGCCAUGGAGGGGAAUGCCACCAGCCCACCACAGAACCCACCCACCAACCUCACUGUGGUCACUGUAGAAGGGUGUCCCUCGUUUGUCAUCCUGGACUGGGAAAAGCCAUUAAAUGAUACUGUCACUGAAUAUGAAGUUAUAUCCAGAGAAAAUGGGACAUUCAGUGGAAAGAAUAAAUCCAUUCAGCUUACAAAUCAAACUUUCUCCACAGUAGAAAAUCUGAAACCAGACACAAGCUAUGAAUUCCAGGUGAAACCCAAAAACCCACUUGGUGAAGGCCCAGUCAGCAAUACAGUGGCAUUCAGUACUGAAUCAGCUGACCCAAGAGUAAGUGAGCCCAUUUCUGCAGGAAGAGAUGCCAUCUGGACUGAAAGACCCUUUAACUCAGAUUCUUACUCAGAAUGCAAAGGCAAACAAUAUGUCAAAAGGACAUGGUAUAAAAAAUUUGUAGGCGUCCAGCUGUGCAACUCUCUUAGAUACAAGAUUUAUCUAAGCGACUCCCUUACAGGAAAAUUUUAUAACAUAGGUGACCAGAGGGGCCAUGGAGAGGAUCACUGUCAGUUUGUGGAUUCAUUUUUAGAUGGCCGCACAGGACAGCAUCUCUCCUCUGAUCAGUUACCCACCAAAGAAGGCUAUUUCAGAGCAGUUCGCCAGGAACCUGUUCAAUUUGGAGAAAUAGGUGGUCACACCCAAAUCAAUUAUGUCCAGUGGUAUGAGUGUGGGACUACAAUUCCUGGAAAAUGGUAGAUGCUGCAAUCUUGCUCCAAACUACUUCUGGUUCAUAUGGCCAAAGUCCCCUCCCAAAAAACAAACAAAAAAACUUCACCAAAACACCAGGAAAAAAAAAAAACCCACUAUGAUUAUUUUUCUCAUCCAUUUAAAGCAAUUUUGUUUACUAUGUAUUAAAGCCUACAAUCUAAUAGCAGUAUUACGUGUUUAGAAAAAAAGAUUGCUGAGAAUAUUUAUCAGUUUUUACAAAGUCAUUUUAACAAAGCAAGAUACUGACAUUAAUAGAGUAACAUUUUUUAGGGAAGCUGGCUCCCUAUUCAUGGUAUUUUAAGAGAUCAUUUGUAUAUUAUUUAUCACACUGUUGUAAUGAUGUUUUGAUACUUUAUAACAAACUAACAUCAAAAACAAUGUACUUUUUAAAAUAUUUACUUUUAUUGAUUUGUAUACUUCCUACUGGUGAGUUAAUUCCCUAAACCUCUAUUUAGUUUAACUUAUUAGAUCAAAUUAUCUUCAGGAUAAGUAUCAGGAGAAAACAGGUCUUAAUGCUUAUUUAAACUUCAAUUUUUCUUGGCAAUAGCUAAAAAUGUUCUGAAUAGUUUAUAUGUUCAUGCAAAUGUAAAUCUCCAUGAAAUAUCAGCAAUUCUGAAGAAAUUUUCAAUCAGUAAUUUCAACUAAAAAUGGAGCUCAAAAUCUGAUAUACUCAGUUUUAAAAGAAGUAUAGUAGUAUCUGAAUAUACUUUGUCAAAUUAGCCCUUUAACCAAUUAUCUUCAUGUUGUUUUUGAGUCUAAUCAAACUGUAUGCAGAUUGAAUGUGAAGUUUGAGCAGAAAAAGAUAAUGCAUGAUGAGAUUUCUACCAUUUUACUAAUGACUAUUUGCUAUGUAUUUAUACAUUAGACCUCUAUGAAUGAAUGUAACAGGGUGUUUCUGUAAUUCUUUUUAACUCGAGGUGUAAUAAAAAUCUGACUCAUUUUCAUUAGAAUGUAUUGUUUUCAUUUAUACUGGAUAGGGAGAUGGAAAUGCUACAUUUAUUACCCUCAUGGUAGGACCUUUCCCUAUGCCUGUCUUUCAACAUGCUUCAAUUUUAUCAAUGUUACACUUUGUAUUUUUAAAAUAAGUAUAAAUUCUUCAAUAAAGAGAUGUAGUUUUUUUAA